AUGACAACAGAAAAUAUGAUUUCAUUGCCAUCACCAGUAAUGGUCAAUCAAUUUAAUUUAUCUGCUAUUGAAAAAGAUAUUGUUGAUGAUAAACUUUCUUCAAGUGAUAUUUGUACUAUGUUUGAUGAAUUUCUUAUUGAAUUUGAACGAAUGGAAAACAGUGGUGAAACAACAAUGAAUAUGUUUUUAGAUGCUGUAGAAGAAAUAACAAAUGCUGUUCUAGCAAUUUUACCAUAUAAAUUACUUGAUCCACGAGUUCUUUCUCACCCAAUUAUGCAAUUUCUACAUCAAAUGCUUUUGGAUAUAUUAGCCAACUGGCAGGCAUCUAAUAUGCGUCUGAACAUUCAAGAAUCUGAUAUAUUUCUUAAGAUUGUGCUUAUUUUUGUUCAUGCUGCUGAACAUGCAUCUGCAGCUAAUGCUGAUCAAGAUCGACAAAGAAUAACAGAUCGUUUAGCAACAAAAAAUUUUGUCGGUUUAGUACGUGAACGAAUCGCCGAUUCUACUGUGCACAAAUAUGGCAUUAAUGAUGAUCCAAAUAUAUGUACAUUAGGUUUGCUAACAAUAAAAUUAUUGCAAGGAUGUCCUUUCUAUUAUAGUAUGGAACGAAAUGCAUGUUUAAUUGAUGCUUUGAUAUUGAAUUGUCUUGAUUCAUAUGAUUAUAUUCAAGCAUUACGUCAAAUGCAAGAUGGCGCAACACUUACUGACAUCGAUCGUUUUCUUUUGUUUACUUGUUGGGAAUAUCUACCUAUUGUUUCACUAUCUUCACAAACUAGCGUGUACUCAUUAUAUAAACCAGAUUUGGUUUAUAAUAUCUAUGAUGAACUUUUGACACGACUCGAACAUGCUCUUGAUCAACCACCUAUUAUAUCUUCUGCUUUCUCUUAUAUUUUCGAAAGAUGUCAACAACUUCUUAGUAUUCCUCAACUGCCUUCAUUCGAUAAACAUGCACAAAUUAUUAUUGAUCGUUUAAUCAAAUUUCUAGGAAAUCUAUCAUUAACUAAUCCUAAUGAUGAUGCAUUGAUCAUUGUUGCUUUAGAAGCAUUCUAUAAUUUAUCGAAAAAUUCUGACAUUCGUACAAUCAUGAGAAAACGUCAUUUAACAUCUUUCUUCAAUAAAUAUACAUCUAGUGGAAUGGGUAAAAAACGAAAGUUAGCAUUUGAUAUUCUUGCAGAAAUCAUGGAUGAACAAGAAAUAAAUAAUAAUUCAAGUGAAAUCACUUCUAUUUUUAUUGAUCAACUCAAAGAACUCAAUCCAAAUGAAUAUAAUCCACAUUUGGACAGUACAUUAUCAAGUCUUCAGGCAUUGAUGCAACAUGAAAAAAUAAAAAAUGAGUUUAUUAAACAAGGUGGUCUUGAAAGACUUACUACUUUUAUUCGUGAUGGCGAUCCAAAUAAACAAUCGCAUAAACAACUAGAAGAUGCUCUCAAAAUACUUUGGUCAUGUACAUUCAACAAUCCUGAAGCAUUGAACAAACUAAAACAAGAUCAAAUCUUAAUGACUCGUGUCAAUCAUUUACUUGAAAAAUCAAAACAAAAUGAAAAUAUUGCACUAGAAAAAGCAGCUGAAGGUUUGAUUUGGAAAGUAGAAAAAGAAGAAAAAUUCUUAGAAGAACAAGCUGCUGAACAAGAAAAGAAAAAACAAGAAAAAAAACGAAAAGCUCAAGAAUUGGGCAUUGAAGAAGACGAGGAGGAAGAUGAAACACAAAAAUAUGAUUGUAUGGUAUCUUAUUCAUGGGCUGAUAUGGAUUUAGCUCAUCGUAUUUUUAAACAUUUAACUGAAAAACUUGGUUAUAGAGUUUGGCUUGAUCAAGAACAAAUGCAUGGAUCAACAAUAGAAGCCAUGGCAAAUGCAGUUGAAAGUGCUCAGUUUAUUCUAAUGUGCAUGUCUGAAACAUAUAAAAGAAGUGCAAACUGUCAAUCUGAAGCUGAAUAUGCAUUUAAUCGUAAAAAACAUAUAGUUCCAAUAAAAAUGAAAAAAGAUUAUGUACCUGAUGGAUGGUUAGGUUUUAUAUUAGGUACAAGAAUGUAUAUCGAUUUUGGAACAUAUGACUUUGAUAAAGCUAUCCAAUUACUUGAUAAUGAAAUACAAUUACAAAAGAAAAAACGUAAAGAUGCUAAAGAAGCUGCUAAAAUGGAAAAGAAAAUUGAAAUAGAUAAUCAGUAUAAGGAAAAUAUAAAUGAAGAAUUUGACAAUCAUCAUAAUGCAAUAGAGGAAAUAAUAAACUUCGAUAAUAUAUCAAAUUGGAAUGAGAGUAUUGUACGAGACUUUCUUAUGAAAAAAAAUCUUUCUGAUUUAUUACCGCUUUGUGAUGGAAUUAAUGGUGAUGAAUUAAAUAGUUUAUAUGGUAUGUGUCGAAGCAGUUUAGUAUCGAUGUAUGAUUCAUUAAAAUUUGAACUUUUAAAACUUCAUGAUAAAAUUUUACCAAUUUCUACUUAUCUUCAUUUUAUUAGUAGUCUAAGUGCUGUUUGUGCUGAUGAUUUACCAUUAAAUACAUACAUUUGUAGUACAUAUGUGGAAGAACAUUUGCGAGAUGAUGAGUCAAGGUUUUGCUAACAUUUUAUUUUGGACAAUUAACAAUUAAUUUUUUUAAAUAUGAAUCGAACUUUGAAAUAUUUGU